UGUAAAAGUCCGAGUUGAAAUCACCGGGAGUUAACUAGAAAAUUAUUUGGGAUUUCGAGGUCGGUUAAUAUAAAUGUAACUCGACGUCACAAUUUGUUUUUAAAGCAUGUCUUACACGGAGUGGGCCGAGUCUCAACUCGCUGAGGUAGAGCUGCUAACCAGCAUGUUUCCCGGUCAGGACGAACUGGAGCUCACCGACCAGCUGGCUCUGGCUGAACUCAGGAGCUACGUGGAAAACUCGGCUUCUGGGGAAAAGCCUCCUCCCUCCAGACCCCAGUUUUUCAUCAAACAGAGACUGGACUCUUCAGUUACGAAUGAGACGGAAUUUAUUCUGACCUGUGCCUAUCCGUCUGAAUACCCCAGUGUGUUACCUGAUAUAACAGUAAGGUGUUCAGCUCUUAGCAGGGCCCAGCAGACAGAAAUCCAGACAGAUCUCAAUAAAUACCUUAUGAAAAACUGCCUGGGAGACUUAUGUGUGCUUGCUGCAGUGGACUGGGUGAAAGAAAACCUGGAACAUUUCAUUAAGAAGAGCUUAUCAACAGCACCAGCUCCUAAGCUGGAGUCUGCUUCUCAAACUACACAAGACGUUUUCAGUCGACUGUGGAUCUACAGUCACCAUAUCUACAACAAGUCAAAGAGGAAGAACAUUUUGGAGUGGUCAAAAGAGUUGGGCCUCUCAGGAUUCAGCAUGCCUGGAAAGCCUGGCGUUGUGUGUGUUGAAGGUCCUCAAUCUGCCUGUGAGGAAUUUUGGUCCAGAGUGAAGGUUCUGACAUGGAAGAAGAUCAUGAUUCGACACAGAGAGGAUAUUACCCUUAAUCGCCAAGGCGAUGACAGCAACACUGUUGAGAGUUUAGACUCCCUGCGCAAAUUCACAGGCUUUGAAGAGGCAAUGUUUGACCCUCAUGGGAAUAGAGGCAAUCACAUGGACCUUGGACAGCUCUACCAGUUCUUAAAUGAGAAGGGCUGCUGUGAUGUUUUUCAGAUUUAUUUUGGCAUUGAAGGCAGAUAGUAGUCAAAGUCUGUGCACAGGUUGUGAUUAAAGUAAAAUAAAUUAACAUUUUUUUUUGUUUUAUUAAAGCAGCUCCAAUAAUAAAAAUACAGAAAUAAUUACUCUGAAAUUUUAGAGAUUAUUUCCUUAUUUUGGCAAAACUAAAGAAACCGGAUGAAAAUAAAAGUGAUGGAUCAUUGGCAGAUCCCCAGUA